AUGUCGCACAAAUCAAAGACUUCAAUCGGUGACGCAGACUCGCGUCUUCGCGCUACUGCCGCAACCUUCAUGCCGCAGAACGCGAGGGUCGUCUUCACAAACACAUUUCGAGAAGAUGUGAUCUCGAGCCACACAUCUUCUGAGAACAACCAAGAGCAUCCCCAUUCGUCAAAUGAAAAUACUUUAGCAGACACGGUCAGCGACGACCACAAUCCGCUCGUCAUCCCGCCCAGCGAAGCCCACGAUGGCGAGACCAAAGGGCAGUGCGCAUUGUGCGCCACCCUUGGCCGCUCACUCGGAUGUUGCGAGCAGAAUCCGUCGUCCAACUGUCCCCACUGCAUGGAUAUCAGCCGGGUUUUUGCUCAGGAGAACGAGAAACACAAAAUGGAGAUCGACACCCUACGUCAGAAGGUAACACAACUCGAAGGAGAGACCCCAGAGGAAAAGUACGAGAGGCUCUGCGCUGAGAAGAACGCAAAAAUCGAACAUCUUAAGGAAGAGGUGCACAAAGUGAAGAAGGAAGACGAAGACUUGAAGUCUGAGAUGAAAGAACGAGAGAAGAAACUGAAGAAACUGGAGGCGGAGUUGAAAAAGUUGCUGCCAGCACCGGCGUUCACUAUCAAGGAGGCGAAGAAGGGGAAGAAGAAGUAG